AUGGCUGAAGAGGUAGAUGAAAAAGCAAGUGGAGACUUAGUCUCAGUAACCAAGCUUGCCCCUCCUGUGCCAGAACCUGAACCUAUUAAAAUUCCUGAUGUAGAACUUAUUGUAGAUGGUUUUGGUAUUAUGCCUAAAGAAAAAUCUUUAUCUAAAUUUGAAAUCCAAAGUAAGAUCAAAAUGAAAAAAUCCUCCAAAACCCUCAAAGGUGUAAAGUCACCGGAAUCUGAACAUAGUCCAUGUGCUUCAAGCACGGACAUCGACAUAGUGAGGAGGUACACGUGGAAAACUAAAAAUAGGAUGACAGUACAGGUAAUAACUUAUGGUGCUACACUCACCUCUAUUCAAGUGCCUGAUAAAAAGGGAGUACCUGACGAUGUUUUAGCUGGGUUUGAUACUUUGGAAGAAUACUUUCAACCGAGAAAUCCAUAUUUUGGCGGGACAAUAGGGCGGUACGCAAACUUCAUCCGCGACGGUACCAUGGUCGUAAAGCCAUCAGGAAGGAUGUACAUGCUUAGCACUAAUAGAGGACAAAAUCAUUAUAACGGCGGGCACGUAGGGUUUGACAAGGUCAACUGGCGAUCGUACGUUACUGGGAAUAAAGUUAUCAUGAGCCAUAUAUCUGAACGGUUCCACGAGGGCUAUCCUGGUACUAUUAUGGCGCAAGUCUCUUUUGAAGUCACUUGUGAUAAUACGAUUAAGAUUGAAAUGAGAUGCACCACAAGUGAACCAACCAUCGUUAACUUGAGUAAUGCUUGCUACUUUAAUCUAGCCGGCCAUCAUGCCGGUUCAGAAAUAAUGUACGACCAUAUCUUUACGAUAAAUGCGGAUAAAUAUACUGCAGUCGAUGACGAUGGACUUGUCACAGGCGAAAAGAACAUAGUAGGGGGUACGCCAUAUGACUUUAGGGUGCCGCGAGUUUUACGAGCUAUGCUUCCUAAAAUACCCAUGGGCGGAUACGACAUUAACUUUUGCGUUACGCAAGGCACAGAACAAGACCUUACUUUUCAAAGUCGUGUACUUCAUCCCGUAUCAGGAAGAGUUCUAGAGGUUUAUAGCAAUCAGCCUGGUAUGCAGUUCUACACCGGCAAUCUACUUCCGGAUCCCGACAAAAUUGUUGAAAAUCCUGAGCCUGAGGAAGAGGAAGAAGGGAAGUCUGAGUCUGAAAGUAGCAGCGAGAGUGAAAUGAGCAGCGACGAGUCCAGUGUGAAAGAGGAGGCGAUUGAAGAAGAAAGUAAUGAGAAAGAGGAAACAGAUGGUAAAAAGAGCUAUGGGUACGUGCCAUUGAUGGGAAAGCAAGGAACAUGUUACAAAAAGCAUGGCCUCUUCUGCCUCAUGCCUCAAAACUAUCCGGAUGCCGUUAAUCAUAAAAAUUUCCCUACAUCGGUUUUAAACCCCGGGGAAGUCUACGUUCAUAAAAUUCAAUACAAAUUUGGUAUUCUGCUUGGCAAAUAUGUA